AUGUCGUUACUGUUUAUUAUUUUGUAUUUGUUUCUCUUGAAGGAGAGACUUGUGGAAUGUUUGGUAGCACAAAACUAUGCCAGUGACAGUGAAAAUCUUAAACCUAAUAUACGUCGAAGAAGUGAAUUCAUCGUUGGUGAAAAAUUCCGUGUCCGAGUGGUUCUGAGUGAAGAUUUAAAAAACCAUUUACAGUAUGAUUUAUUCCAGAGGCAGGUCAAAGAUGCUUUGAUAUUCUGGACAAAGGCAAUACAACCGAAGCAAAUCUCCACCCAACAAAUAUUAAUAGAACGCAAUUGCAAUGAACGAGUUCGAUCACAAAUGCGGCCACAAUAUCAUUACUGCGAAGGUGGUUGUAACAACGUGUCGAUAUGUAACGGUUUUGAAAUCCCCGAGAAGUAUCUUCAGAAAUGUCGUUCAUCUGAAAAAGAUGUUGUGGAAAAAGUCCAAGUCAAAAAGUCAGACAAAAGUGACUUUAUUCUGUUUAUUCGUUCGAGUAAUAAUGGAUCUCACACAGCGUUGGCUACAGCUGACUAUUGUGAGCUGGAUUUAGACACAAAUAGACCAAUCGCCGGUUCAAUUGCAAUUUUCUCAGCUAUGAAAUACAUUGAUUACAACCCAGGCGAAUUGAAACGAGUUAUUAUUCAUGAAUUAGGACAUACAUUCGGCUUCGAUUAUCGGUUGUUUCCUUACCUACGUCAUGAUGAUGGUAGUCCUAGAACAAAGCGUAACCAACAUACUGGUGAACCGGAAUUGCCAACAGAUGACAACGAAGGAUUAAAAGCUGAUCGAAAUACUAUAAAAUACGUGUCCAGGACAUGGCAUACAGUCGCCGGUGAGAAGACGUACAAGAGAGUCGCAUUAACAUUACCAAGUGUAGUCAACUUUGCAAGAAAUCAUUUCCGAUGCAAUGAGCUUGAUGCGGUUGAUCUAGAAUCGGAUGGUAGCGUUGGAUCUAAACAUUCACACUUCGAACGACGUCUGUCUAUUGGUGAAGCUAUGUCUGCUACUUGCGACAUCAUGGCGUCUGUUUCCAAUUUAACUCUCAGCUACUUCAAAGAUACUGGGUAA